AUGUUCGAUUGGUUCGAUUAUCACGGUCACAUGUGCAUCUCCUUCGAGCUCCUGGGUCUCAGCACCUUCGACUUCCUGAAGGAGAACAACUACCUGCCGUACCCCAUCCACCAGGUGCGCCACAUGGCUCUGCAGGUGUGCCAGGCCGUCAAAUUUCUCCAUGACAACAAACUGACUCACACCGACCUCAAGCCGGAGAACAUCCUAUUCGUGGAUUCCGACUACGACCUGACCUACAACGUGGAGAAGAAGCGGGAUGAGAGGUGUGUGAAGAACACGUCCGUCAGGGUGGUGGAUUUCGGCAGCGCCACGUUUGACAGCGAACAUCACAGUACUAUAGUGUCCACCCGCCACUACCGAGCGCCGGAGGUCAUCCUUGAGCUGGGAUGGAGUCAGCCGUGUGACGUGUGGAGUAUCGGAUGUAUUAUCUUCGAGUAUUAUGUGGGCUUCACCCUCUUCCAGACACAUGACAACAAGGAGCACCUGGCUAUGAUGGAGAGGAUCCUGGGCCCAAUCCCCUCCCGGAUGAUGGUUCGGAAGACCAGGAUCCUGUGCCCCUUCUACCGCCAUACUGCUGGAUCCUGGGAGGAGAGCUGCCCCCAUACUGCUGGGCCUACGUGCCCCCUCCUCUCCCCAAGUCUACUGAAGAAGUACAUGUUGAACAACUCGAACGAUGAGCACCAGCAGCUGUUCGAUCUCAUAGAAGGCAUGCUGGAGUACGAACCGUCCAAACGCAUGUCCUUGUCGGACGCUGUGAAACAUCCGUUCUUCUCCCCUCUGAAGAGCGAUCACGCACUGAAACACUGGGACACAGGGCGGGACAUCAGCCGAUGA